AUGAUACGGGAAGGUUUCCAUACAUUUUCUUGUUUACAGGCUCCACCAAAGGAAGUUCCCAAGACAAUAGAAAACCAGAGAAUAUAUGAUGAAACUACAGUCAACCCAGAGGAUGAGGAGGUGGCUUUUGAUGAAGGAACCGACGAGUUCUCUGCUUACUUCAAUCAGCUGACAAAUCCCAAAGUUCUCAUCACCACUUCGGACAGGCCCAGAGGAAGGACCGUGAGGUUUUGUGAGCAGCUGGCAACAGUGGUCCCACAUGCACAUGUGUAUUACAGAAGAGGUCUGGCGUUGAAGAGAGUCAUUCCACAGUGUGUAUCUAGAGGUUUCACUUAUCUGAUGGUGAUCAAUGAGGACAGAAAGGUGCCAAAUGGUUUGAUUCUCUGUCACCUUCCUGAUGGCCCAACUGCACAUUUCAAAGUCAGUAGUGUUCGCCUUCGCAAGGAAAUUAAGAGAAGAGGUAAGGACCCAACGGAACACGUCCCAGAAGUCAUCCUUAACAACUUCUCUACUAGACUCGGUCACUCCAUCGGCCGGAUGUUUGCUGCUCUGUUUCCUCAUGAUCCACAGUUUGUGGGCCGUCAGGUCGCCACAUUUCACAAUCAGAGAGACUUCAUUUUUUUCAGGUUUCACAGGUACAUCUUCAAGAAUGAAAAGAAAGUGGGCAUGCAGGAACUAGGACCUCGCUUCACUCUUAAACUUCGCUCUUUACAGAAAGGAUCCUUUGACUCAAAGUUUGGGGAAUAUGAGUGGGUUCACAAGCGCCAUGAGAUGGACUCCAGCAGAAGAAAGUUCCAUCUUUGAGGGCCAGAAUGGAAACACAGGACAACCGUGUUGACUUUUCAUGAAUAUCUAAAAAAUCUUUUGUUAUGGAACGAAAGUAUUGUAGAAAUGCAAGCUUUGUCUUUACUGUAUUAUAUUUUCUUCAUAAGAAUAUUGUAACCAGGCUGGACACAAAGAGACUUGAUGUGUCUCAAAACAUGACAAAUAAAUCAAGUAAAUGUAUCAUAAUGACCUUUUUUCCCAUAUUUGAUUGAAGACAUGGGUGGAAGUGGCAAAUUUGUGGUGAGUGUUUAUGUGAAAUUUCAGAUUAAAAAGACUGAUGUCUUGUUCUGUCUUGAUUUUGCAAUACUGAAGUUAGGACAUACACAAAAUACUUUCAGAUAUGCAAAAAAACAAACCCUUGGAAAGACUUCAAACUAAAUUCGUCAUUGUAGAUUUCUGAACUUUUAAUAAAAAUGUUUUCUAACAGUC